GUCUGGGUGUGCUCCUGGUGAUCGUGGUGGGCGUGGGUUGGAAGUGCACACCGCGUGGACACGAGCCGCUACACGCCUUGUUCGGCAUCGGGAAUUUCCGCACGGGGCAGACGAGGGAGCGACGUCAUAGGCGCCACCGGAACAGGGACAGUAACUGGUAUGGAGGAGUGAUGUACCCAGAGUUCCAGUACCGCCGACCGCCCCCGUCCUACGCAGCGUCCAUGCAAGACUAUCAGAACCAGGCUGCAGCGGGCGAUGGGCCACCGGCCUCCGCUACCGGCCAGGCCCCGUCAGGUGACCAGAGCUGGCCAAACUCCCCGCCACCCUCCUACCGCUCAAGGGCUUCCACCAUACACUCUGCCAUACAGUCGGCCUUCCCCAACAGCCACGACGGAGACCACCCUUCGUCGCGACCUCCAACGUACAGGUCAAGGGCUCCAUCGCGCCGCCCGUCUCUCCCGCGGGAGGAAAUUCACCCCUCAGACGGUGGGGGCGGGGUCACCACAACCGCUGCACCGGCUGACGUUUCAUUUUCUGGUCCUUCUUCAAGCACGAUUGGUAGUUCAAAUGGUGCUACUUCUAUCACGAUAUCAUCAUCGUUGCCAUCAUCUCAUCAAAUACCGACGUCAUCAUCGUUAGCGGCUGCCUUGUCACCGCUCUCGGCAACAACAGCGCCGCAGCCUGCGGGAGACAGCUCAACAACCGCUGCGGUAUCGUCAGCGUCAAUGACUAUGCAAGUCUACACAGUGCCUUUAGUCAGCAGCAGUAGCGGUGGUGGUAGUGGUGGUGGUGGUGGUGUUAACACAAACUUUAACGGCUCUUCAAAUGACUCUCACUCUCUUCCCUCUGGAGGUAUUUCUGUAAUGGUGACCCCUCCCUCAAACUCACCGCCUCCACAUCAGCCUUCCUCAUCCGCUUCCGUCAACCCUUCAUCGGGCGUUGAGGGCGUUCGUCUUCCCAGCCUGCACCAGCGGAUGGAGUCGGGCGAUCGGGUGAGGCUGGAGCAAGCCCUGCAGUCUCUGGAGCAGCACAUCAGUCACGGGGCGGAGGGCAUCACCAACAGGGGAGCCUCCUUUGAGGAGACAGACUUCAACACACAUCUAUAGGCAGACAGACUAGCCAGACAGACAGACUUCAACACACAUCUAUAGGCAGACGGACUUCCACACACGUCUAUAGGCUGACAGACCGACUUCAACACCCAUCUAUAGCCAGUCAGACUUCAACACACAUCUAUAGCCAGACAGACAUCAACACACAUCUAUAGGCAGAUAGACUAGCCAGACAGACUUCAACACACAUCUAUAGGCAGAUAGACUUCAACUCACAUCUAUAGCUAGACAGACACAUUUGUACAGGCAUAUGUAGGCAGGCAGACUUCAAUUCACAUCUGUAGGUAGACAGGCAACAUCUGUAAGAAGACAGACUCGUUUGUACAGGCAUUUGUAGUGAGACAGACUUCAACUCACUUUUGAAGGUAGACAGACUUGAAAACACAUCUGUAGCCAGACAGACACAUUUGUACAGGCAUUUUUAGGAAAGACGGACACAUUUGUACAGGCAUUUGUAUGCAGACAGACACAUUUGACCAGACAUAUACAGAGAGACAGAUCUUGUCGUAGAUGCUUGUACAAAACAAGACUAACUUAAUAAAUACAGAAAAAAUUGCCCAAGACCACCACCACCCAUUGACAUGGGACAAAAUGGUUGUCUUAGACAGGUGAACGUCGUCAAUGAUAGUAAAUAACAAGAUGGGCCACUCAGCCAAAAAA